GACUUGCAAACGGGGCCACGGCGCUGACCCAGGGCCAUCUGCUCCUCAGCAGUGCCACUGGCUCACCCGCAUCACUGAGGACACCAGGGUUCCCAAGACAAGGGGGUGUGCAGCCUUUGGGGACCCUGGCCCGCCACCCCCAACCCCCCCCCCCACUUUCCAUCCCGCAGCUCCCCGAGGAGGCCCCGCCCAUCAUCCCUCGCCCUGGAGGCCUUCGAGUGCCUGGCUUGGAGCCACGCCACCGGCCGCCUGUGGGAACGGCUGCGGCAGUUCUGGGCGGACCACUUCUCGCGCCGUUUCUCGCCGCGACGGCCGCCGCUGCGCCGCAUCUCGUCCAUGUCCACCUUCUACCUGCUGGACCACCGCACGCGCCAGGCCGAGCUGGGCCUGAGCUACGGCGCGCCGCGCACGCGCCUCAGCGACGAGGCCUUCGUGUUCCGCGGGGGCCGCUGGGCCGCCGAGGGUCAGCUGACCCGGCCGCGGCCGCCGCUGCCGCCGCCGACCCUCUCCAACUGGAAGCCGGCGCAGGUGCAGCGCACCAAGAGUCAGGUGCUGUUGGAGGAGAACAACUACCUGAAGCUGCAGCAGGAACUGCUCAUGGACAUGCUGACUGAGACCACGGCGCGCAUGCACCUGCUGGAGAAGAAGCUCGACCCCGACGUCAGCCCCGCCGCCGCGGCGCGCGCCUGGCAGAGGAAGAUGCGCAAGCGCGACAGCGCCGCCAGCGGCGUGCUCAUGAUCCAGCCGCGCGCGCUCGAGUCGCGGUGACGUAAUAAAAAGCCCGGAGAGG